CCUCCUCUCCCUCACGAGCCUGAGGAUGAGUAAUCCAGGGUGGGGGGGCAGGAGAAGAAUGGGAGAGAGAGAGAGAGAAAGGGGGAGUGGGAGAGGGAGGAUACCGACGCAGCAUCAGCAUCAUCAUCAGCAUCAUCAUCGUCAGCGAACGUGCCGCCGAGUGAGACGAUGAAAAUUCAAAACCCUGCAGCUCGUCCAUCUCUGCUGCUGCUGCUGGGGCCGGCUAAUUCCUGGACUCUAACAUGAUGGAACAGAAAGAGAGGGAUGAUAUCACUGGACCUGACUAAUCACUGGAUUAAGGAGUGAAAAGGCUAAAAGCAGAGGAAGCGAGCGGAGCGGUACAUUCCUGUUACCUUCACCUGCAUGUGUGGCGUCACUGACUAAUCUCUGGGACAGCCGGACAGACAGACAGACAGAGGCACCCAUGCUUAUGGCACUGAGAGGUACCUGACUAAUUCACGGUUAGGAGGUGAAGUGACUCAUCGCAGGACUUGUGGGGUCUGACCGCCUCCUCUUCGGCGUCCAUCCUUGUGAGGAAACCUGUGCCACUCCUCCUCCACAUGUGCUGCUCGGAUCUGGGUACUAACUGGAACCGCUGAUCCAUCAGCUCACAGAUACUGGACUGACUCCUGAACAACAAGUCCACAUCCAGCCCUCUCUCCUGGGACCAGGCUAAUCUCUGGAUCAGCAGGUCUGGCAUGUUCUGCUUCUGCCUGCAGAGUUCCUUGCUGAAGCUCCAGGCGCUGGAGGUGGAGGGGGGUCCCUCUCUGGGUCCGUCCCCUGAGGAUAGUCCCCCUGCCCUGGGCAGCAAGGAGCAGAAGAGUCCCUGUGGACCGGUGGAGCUGGGGGGGAAGGAGGGGAAGACGCUGGCGCUGUGCCACGGCGUUCCUGCUGACGAGAACAGUCCACCAGGUACGAACGACACCUGUGUGUGUGUGUGUGUGUGUGUGUGUGUGUGUGUGUGUGUGUGUGUGUGUGUGUGUGUGUGUGUGUUCCACCAUCACGAUACUUAAGAUGACGCCUCAAACUGACAGAUUCCUGACGGAUCAGACGCAGAGGGUCGAGUCCUCCUCCUGCAGGACCAGGACUUUGUUGGUAAAAACUUGGACGUCGUGUUCCCUCUGAAGACCGACUGAACGACUCGUCGUUUUUUUUAUCAGCAGGAAUUUAAACAGAAAUAUUUCAUCUUUACACUUCAGAGUUACAGUUAGAAACUCAAACAUGAUUUUAUUCACAACUAAAAAAAACAAAAACAAUUUUAUGUUCGAGUCAAAAGGGGGUUAAUCAGGAAUCUGUUAAAGAAGCAUCUUUGUUUGUGUAUUUACAGAAAAUCUUCUAAUAUCAGUCAAUAGUUAUUAGUUAUUGAUGACAUUUAGUAAUAUAUCGAUAUCUCUGUGUUCUCUUAUGUCUGUGUCGUCAACAUUUGAACAUUUUUGAGCGGUCCGCUCUUUCUGACUGUAAACAAAGCCGUUCUCCACCUCCUCUAACCUGAUUGGUUGUGAGGCAGACGCUGCUCCCCCGUGUCGUUCAGGAGCCCAAACAAAGUUAGCGUGCUACAAUAUCGGACAGUAGAAACCAACCAGAAAGUUCGGAAAAUUGUCUGAAUCCUCCUUUGGCCACGACUGCCGACACAAGCAAGAAAACAAAGUAAAUACCGGAGACUCUGGAGGAAUAACGGGCGCUUAAAACGGAGGUAGACCGGACAAGAGCUAAAAAGCCGGGUCAACAUAAACGAUGGGGGACGCUUGGGGAUCUUGGUGACCCUGUAACCUUUCUGCUGGACAGGUAAACCGCUUUAACAAAGUAAGACAAGUGUCUGUAACAGAAGAGUUUCUUGUCAAACGGACCUGCUGUAGCGUGUUGUAGCGCCAUCGCUAAACUGUCCUCCCUCGGGUCCUGGACUAUGUCACUUUAUCCUCGUUGUAGAAGUCCUGCAAACAUUGUGUUUGCUGGUAGUCUGUUGGCAUCUACAGUAGCACCAAUGCUUUUGACUUUCACCUUGACUGGGCCCCAUUUGUAAUGAUCUGAAGUAUUUAUCUGCAUUAUAUCUGAAUUUAAUUGGAACGAUACGAGCGAGCAGGAGCGUCUGUUUGUGGGCGGGGCUUAAGAGAGGGAGGGGAGGAGCUGAGGGGAAAACUGGUUUGGAGGGGUUGAGUUUACAUUCAAGAUUUCUCCUAAAAACUGGAACUAACUCAGAUCCUCACACGUCUCCUCAGACCGUCUUCUCUAACGAACUUUAUUCUGGAUCAGUUUUUGUCGUGGAUCAAAUAAACCGUCUCUGUAGAAAAAGGACCGGGUCUUGGACUCUGAUCUCCUCCGGCCCCCUUUGGUUUUUAUUCUGGACCCUCAAACAGUCAGUAGAAUCCUCCCCACGGGUCUCAGACUGCUGUGGGGGGUCUGUGUGGGUCCUGGUUUAAGCCGAGAUGAUGAGUCCCCAGACCUCGGCCUUAAAGGGGUCUAACACUAAACUGGAGGUCGAGGAGGAUCCUGUCUGCUGGUUUUCAUGUGUCAGAGAGCAGAACCACAGACCCGGUCCGUCUGUCCCUCUAACGAGUCCUUCAGUCUCUCUGUGACUCUGCUGGUUCCGCUCAGAUCCACCAGCCGCGCUCUGACUCUGUGCUGCUAUUUAUAGACCAGAAUCAAACACUGCAGCACGUGAGGCACGCUUACCGACCGCCGCCGCCGUCGCCAUCGCUGCUCCUGCCACACAUGUCUGACGUGUCUGUUGUUGUUUCUCUCCGUGAAUCAGUUCCUGAUGAGACCGAGGACCACAUCAGACUGAUCAGAACCUCCUCUCUGCUCGUUGUCAGUAUUUAGAGAUAGUGACAACAGUCUGAUCAAUAAUCCCGUUUUCACCUGUCUUUGUGUCUGGACUGUAAACCUCGUUGCAGGUGUAGAAACGUCUGGAAACCCUCGAUAGAUCGACUAAAGGCUAAACUAUUGAUCACUUUUGAUCCCGUAAAGAUAGACGGUGAAGUUCCUGAGAAACUCUGAACUGUAGUCACGGUUUAGAGGUUCUGGAGGAUUGAGAGGAUCUGAAUGGACCCUCUGGUGGUCCUGGUGAAGGACUCUGAGGUGGUUCUGGGGUAACAGGAGGUCCAGUUCUAAUGUCUGUUUAUGGUGCUGAACUCUCGGACCCGUGUCUCCCUGCAGAACUCCUGACCGUCAUCACCAGACCUCCACAGUCCCCCCGACACCAGCCGCUGACCACCAUCCACCCGGGCCAGAACCCCCUGACCCCUGAUGGAGCGCUGCCGCCCAGCCCACACCAGUCCCCACACUCCCCUCAGAGGAGCAGCCCCGGGGUCGAGGGAGGAGGAGGAGGAGGAGGAGAAGGAGGCGGAGCUCUGCUUCAGCUGCUGGCGGGCGGUCCCAGCCCUCUGCCCUCCCCCCGCUGCUCCAGUCUGACCCACAGCCUGAGGUUCAACUCUGACCCCGACACGGCGCCAUCGCCGCCCUGCAGCCAGCAGUACAUGCUGUGAGUCUCACACACACACACACAGACACACACACACACACAGACACACACACACAGACACACACACACACACACACACAGACACACACACACACACACACACACACACACACACACAGACACACACACACACACACAGACACACACACAGACACACACACACAGACACACACACACACAGACACACACACACACACACAGACACACACACAGACACACACACAGACACACACACACAGACACACACACACACAGACACACACACACACACACACACACACACAGACACACACACACACACACACACACAGACACACACACACAGACAGACAGACACACACACACACACACACACAGACACACACAGACACACACACAGACACACACACAGACACACACACAGACACACAGACAGACACACAGACACAGACACACACACACACACAGACACACACACACACACACACACAGACAGACACACACACACACACACACACACACAUAGACACACACACACAGACACACACACACAGACACACACACACACACACACACACACACACAGACACACACACAGACACACAGACACAGACACAGACACACACACACACACAGACACACACACAGACACACAAACACACACACAGACACACACACAGACACACACACACACACACACACACACAGACAUACACACACACACACACACACACACACAGACAGACACACACACACACACACACACAGACACACACACACAGACACACAGACACACACACACACACACACACACAGACACACACACACACAGACACACACACACAGACACACACACAGACACACACACACACACACACACAGACACACACUGACAGUAUCUUCUGACCUGCUGACCUCUCCGUCUGUCUCUGUCCUCACCUGUCCAGGUGUCGGGGUCGGGAUCGGUCAGAGGCCUCAGAGGACGAGGGUCCGUCCUCCGUCCCCUUCCUCAGCCGACACAUCCAGACCCUGAAGAAGAGGGUCCGCAGGUUCGAGGACCAGUUUGAGCAGGAGAUGAACUACAAGGUAAACCCGGACCUGUCUGUGCAGGUCCUCCUUCACCCGGGUCAGGAAACUGGACUUGGACCCUCAGCCCCCCCCAAUCUGAUCUAAUCUGACCUUUAGUAACCCCUGUCUGAACCCGGGUCACAGAUUACACUGACCAUGUCUGCUCGUGUUUUUCAGCCGUCCUACAACGAUAAAUACUCGAACCCGGAGAUGGUCCGCAUCAUGAACGAACUGGCGAAGGCUCGUAAACAGCUGAAAGGUAAACGCCCUCUGAGGUCAUGUGACCACUGACAAACACUGACAACAGUGACUGAAGCGCUGUCCUCACGUCUGUCCGCAGAGCUGAGGCUGAGACAGUCUGUGUUCGAGUCCAAGGAGCAGGACGGGCCAGACCACAGCGGCAGGUAACAGAACCACGUCACAGACACACACACAGACACAGACACACACUAACCAACACACACUGACCAACACACACACAGUAAUUAUGUCCGACUAAACUGUGACUGUAAACAAACUGAGUGUGAGUCUAACCUGCAGGUCCAGCUCCGGCCAGCAGGGGGCGUCGGAGCGCAAACCCACCCUGGAGGAGACGGUGGAGUCUCUGUUCAGACGUCUGAAAGAGAAGAGACAAGCUCUGGGUCUGCCCGACAACAUGAAGGUGAGGACCAGGACCAGAACCAGAACCAGAACCAGUUCAGCUAAUCCAGAGGACUGACUGAGAGCGCGUGUGUGUGUGUGUGUGUGUGUGUGUGUGUGUGUGUGUGUGUGUGUGUGUGUGUGUGUGUGUGUGUGUGUGUGUGUGUGUGAACAGGAGAUGACUCAGGCUCAGAUGGUGUUGGAGAAGAUCACUCUGCAGAAGUGUCUGCUCUACUUUGAGAGUCUUCACGGCAGACCAGUGAGUCACAGCGCCCCCUAGUCUGCUCCGCUGUGUAAAAAGUAACACCCCUGCUCUCCCAUUGGUCAGAUCCAUGUCCACAAUAAUCACGUCUCACCGUGUCUGUCUGUUGGUUUUUCAGGGAACCAAACAGGAGAGGAACCUGGUGAAACCUUUAUACGACCGAUACCAGCUGAUCAAACGGUUACUGUGUGCCAGUCCGACCAUCACAACCAUAGUGAGAGACACACAAACAGACACACACUGACAAACACACUGACAAACACACACAAACAAACACACACUGACACACACACACACACACACAAACAGACAAACACACACAAACAGACACACACUGACACACACUGACAAACACACACUGACAUACACACACUAACAUACACACUGAUAAACACACACAAACAAACACACACAAACAAACACACACUGACACACACACACAAACAGACACACUGACAAACACAUUAACAAACACACACUGACAAACACACAAACAAACACACACUGACAAACACACAAACAAACACACACUGACAAACACACAAACAAACACACACUGACAAACACACAAACAAACACACACUGACAAACACACACUGACAAACACACAAACAAACACACACUGACAAACACACACUGACUAACACACACUGACAUACACACACUGACAAACACACAAACAAACACACACUGACAAACACACACUGACAAACACACAAACAAACACACACUGACAAACACACACUGACUAACACACACUGACAUACACACACUGACAAACACACACUGACAAACACACAAACAAACACACACUGACAAACACACACUGACAAACACACAAACAAACACACACUGACAAACACACACUGACAAACACACACUGACAAACACACACUGACAAACACACACUGACAAAGACCAGGACACACUUCCAUGAACAGCCUUGAUAGAGUAUAAAAGUAUAGAUGUAUCUAAGUAUAGAUGUAUCUAAGUAUAGAUGUAUCUAUGUAUAGAUGUAUCUAAGUAUAGAUGUAUCUAAGUAUAGAUGUAUGAAUGUAAAUUUGUAUUUAUAUAUAUAUAUAUAUAUUAAUAUAACAUUAAAUUCAGACCCAGGUUCGGCGCCGAUGGUUGAUGUUCCUGUUGUUCUUCUCUCAGGAGGAAGAGGACGAUGGUUCUGACGAAGACUCAACCAGCUCCAUGACAGUUUUAGAACCUCCUGUCCCGCCUCCUCGGAGAACCAGACCCGCUGCCGUAGAGGAGGAAAGCGACCGGGACAGUGACCCCGCCUUCGUGUCUCCAAUAGUGGAGGUUAAAAGUGUCCAUCAACAGCCGGCGCUGACCAUGGCCAACCUCCAUGAGGCCUCCAGGUGAGGGUCUUACCUGGGCCUCAUGCUGAACCACUACGAGGACCCAGACCCGGUCUGAUAACCCGCCUUCCUCUGUUCUGUCUGAACCAGGUCUCAGCUGCUGGUGUGUCUGCGUGAGACCAGAGCAGAGAAGAAGACGAGGAGGAAAGUUCUGAGAGAGUUUGAGGACGAGUUUUACCGGCAGACUGGAAGGUGAGAGCUUCAGGAGAGGUUCUAGAAUGUUGAUGAAUGAAGAUAAAUAACACUGUUACAUGUCAGGUUCUAAGAUAUCGAGUUCCAGAGUGUUGAGUUCUAGAAUGUUGAUGAAUGACAAUAGGUAACACUGUAACAUGUCAGGUUCUAAGAUGUUUAGUUCUUGAAUUGUCGAGUUUUAGAAUGUUGGGUUCUAGAAUUUUAAUUAAUCAAGAUAAAUAACACUCUAGAAUGUCGAGUUCUACAAUGUUGAUGAGUGACAUUAGAUAACACUGUAAAAUGCCGGGUUCUAAGAUGUCGAGUUCCAGAGCGUUGAGUUCUAGAAUGUUGGGUUCUAGAAUGUCAAGUUUUAGAAUGUUGAUGAAUGACAAUAAAUAACAUUCUAGAAUGUAAGGAUCUAGAAUGACGAUUCUAGAAUGUUGGGUUCUAGAAUGUUGAGUUCUAGAUUGUCUGGUUCUAGAAUGUAGAGUUCUAGAAUGUCUAGUUCUACAUUGUUGAUGAAUGACAAUAAAUGACACUCUGGAAUCUAAGGUUCUAGAGUAUCGAGUUCUAGAAUGUCAGGUCCUAGAUCUCUGGUUUCUAGAGUGUCUGAUGUGUCUUAAAGGGACAGUAGCUGAAAUGAAAGUUUUUUUCAAAUCUCCAAAGUGAUUAAAACAAACUGACUCGACCUCACAGAGUCAUCUAGCCUUUCCUGUAGAUAUCUAUGCGUUACACAGGAUUUAAUACAAACAUGUCAAAGGAGUCCCCCGAGGAUCCGCUCCAGAUCGAUUGUUUCUGUCUGACUUCAGUGAUUUCGAUCACAUCAGUUCUUUCUUGUCGUUUUUUCUCAGGAAAUAAAAAGUUUUUCUUGUUUUCUGACAGAAUCUGCCAAAAAGAGGACCGGACCCCGAUGAAGGACGAAUACCAGGAAUACAAACAGCUCAAAGCUAAGCUCCGCCUACUGGAGGUUCUCCUCAGCAAACAAGACGUCACCAAAACCAUGUGAGAGGAAACAUCAGCUCGUACUAACUCUGCGGUCGAGGCGGUUUGUCUGUUCAGGAGAUAUUCCGAAGGGAAAAGAGUCGAUUUGUUUCUCAUCAACAUGAAUCCAUCUUUUCCGACCUCUGAAACCAUCGUUUUCUGUUCGGUUUAGAGAACGCUGCGGCUCGCUGCUUUUAGCCGAGCAUAAAGAGCGGAAACGGGGAACCAGCGAGUUUAGCUCCUGCUGUCGGGAGUUACUGAGCCAACUGAAGAAAAAUGCUGAGUCAGCGCUGCCUUAAUGUACUCGGAUUUAAAAUGUCAAAGUUCAAAUGCUACCUUCACAUGCUAAGUGUUAUGCUAACAUGCUAACGUAAGGUUAAUGUUAAAGAUAUUAAAGGUUUCUGCAGUUAGUCUUUCUAAUUAGCAUAAAUGAAAAAAGAACCAUAUUCAAGCUAAUGUUAGCCUGUUAGCACUCCAUAUUUAGCAUGUUAAGUUAGCAUGUGUACAGUGAAACACGGCGUGUUGUGUCACAGGUUACCGAGGCGGUCGAUGACGGAGGAGACGGUUUCGUUUAUUUUUUAAAUCUUUUCACUUUUUUAUUUUUUAAACUUCCAUCUGCAAAAAAAAACCUGUAAAUACUAAAGAUCUAAACCUCUCCAAGAUGGCCGACCUGUGUGUGUGUGUGUGUGUGUGUGUGUGUGUGCUGUCAGUGGAACCCUGUAAACCAGCAUCCUACAGCGUGUGAAUAUCCACCGUCAUCCUCAUGAAGCUGAAGCAUUUCAUGAAUCUGAAAGAGACCAGGAUCGUUUUUUUCUUCCAUCUGGUUUGAUUUGAAGGACCAAAGCAUCUUUUUAUACCAGGCUAAAUGUGUGUUUGUCAAACUGGAAGCACUUUACUCCGUCGGCGAGCUGAGAGGAGGUUCUUCUGAGGGAUCAGGUCUCAGGACUGAAGGUUUGGGACUAAAGUGCAAUCUGUAAAGUGUCUGUAGUCUCGAGUCUGUGAAAUAGAUUUUAUCGAUAGAUAUCAUCGACUGUAGAAACAGGAGUUUAUUUUCAUCCAGAGUCGAACGUUUUCACCUUCAGUUUAAGGAGAUCUGAGCGGGGGGGGUGACCUUCGAUGGCUCCGCAGAGGAGCAGAGAGACCACCACAGACAGAGGGACGCUCUAAAACCCAGAGACCUGAGAGGACCACGUCUCAGACUCUGGUGUGACAUGUUCUGUCUCAGCGACUGAAUCCUUCAGAGUUUUUAACCCGGGAUUUCCACCGCAUCCGGGAUGACGGCAAUUUCUACCGCCUGCCAAUUCCUACCGGAUCCAUUCAUGAGGCGAAUUUCGUGGCAGAUUACAAACAGCGGUAAUCACGUGAACUCACAAGAACCCGCAGAUUCACGUGCAAUCGCGCGAUAACGAGUUGUCUCUCUAAAGACUCACACAUAGACAUAUAAGCAGUAGAUUGUGUCCUUCCAGAGGAGGAAAUCUACUUCUAGACUUCUAGAAUCAGCAUCUCCUCAUCCAUGGUGUCAUCGGGGUGAAAUGACGUCUAAAAACCUUUCACUUGUUCGUCUCCGCCCGUUUGCAUGGUGUGAAAUACGAUCCUCCUGAAACACGGAGUGUUUUAUUUUGAAAAGAAGCCGGAUGUUUUAUUUUGUGUCUGUGCCCGACUUCCUUUCCAGCACGGGUUAAUCUGUGCUGAAUUUAUCCGCCAUGCUCCGGCGUCCAGAAAAAAUCGAACUCUUGUGAUCAGCUGAGGAGUCCGGCGAUCCGCAGAGGAACGGAAAGAAGUCGGUGUAAAUUGACACGUUAACUUGAAUGGUUACGAUCAGCUACGAUCGGAGAUUUUCGUAGCUGUACAGGAUGCGGUGGAAAUUGGCGUUAAGACUCUCGGUUCUGGACUUGGACUCUCUGACGGUGCAUGUCAGUGUGACCUCUUUCAUGCUCUUCUUCUACGUGGAUCCAGAUGUGAUGAUGAACCAUGUUCCUGUCGUUGUGCCGUCCUGACAGAUUUCUACACAGACGAGUUCAGAAUAAAUAUUUUUGUUACUCAGUUUUUGUGUUUUUGUGUUUUUGUGUUUGUUUUGUGUUUUU